AUGAAGAGGGCAAGAGGCAGCUCAAGAAAAGAGGCGACGGCGGAGGAUGGAAGCAAGAAGGCCAAACUGGCGGCGCCGGAGGCCGAGAAGGCAGCGGCGGAGAAGAAGGCGGCGACGGAGGCAGCGGCGGAGUGGGCCAGCUUGUGGAGUGGGCUUGAUGAGGAGAUGUUGUGGGCCAGCAGUUGGAUCCCUUUUUGGGAGACGGAUGUUUACGACGUCUUGUAUGGCGAUGUGCUCUGGGAUUUCGAUAUUUGGGGUUUUAAGGUUGCUCCUAAUCCUUGA